AUUUUGCAUUGAACUGAACGUUUUUAUUUUCCUCAAGUUUUUCUUAUAAAAUUGCAUUUGAACAGCGUAAUGUCUGCUUUAGGGGUAGUAGAACACCUCCGGAAUUUAGCUGCGGAUCCACAAAACAGGGCAACUAUUGUCAAAGUACGAAAAUCAAUUUUAAAACACACGAAUGUUCAAUGCUCUAUGAUCCGCCAUGUUUUAUAAUGUCAGCGUAUCCCUUUUUUCAUUAUUUUCAGGAUCAAGGAUGCUUGGCUGGACUCGUUUUAUUUCUCGAUAACGAAGAUGUGAACGUUGUAGUAACUGCACUAGAGGUAUGCAUUUCAUUUAUCUCUCUCAUGUCAGCGAAGAAGAACUUCAUAAAAUAAGAUUUCAUGAUAUUUUCAGGCUUUAAAGUUCCUGUCAGAAUUUCACCCAAAUCGUUCCAAAAUGAGGGAUGAAAUAGGAAUGGUUAUCAGCUUAAAAAGCAUCGUGAAUAAAGAAGGCUACAAUGCUAAAGCAAGACAAUUAGCUAAGGAAGUUUAUAAGAAUAUUCACGCCCAUGUGCCGACAGCCCCAAGUCAAAGGACAAGGUGAGUGAAGCUGAUAUUUUUUCGAUUGCUUGAUUUAAGCACAGCAGUCAACAUGCAUCAGAUAAUCUCAUCUCUGUAGAGGUAGACAUUGUUGCUGUGAAUGCUUGCUCAUUCACCCAGAUGUCACUGAAUAGUGUUAUCAUUAUUAUUAUAGAUAUCAUUUAUUAUAAUAAUAAUCAUUAUUAUUAUUAUUAUUAUUAUUACUAUUAUUAUUAUUAUUAUUAUUGUUAUUAUUAUCAUUACUAUUAUUAUUUUACUCAGCUUAUUAACAUUAACCUCCACUUUUUCCAGUGGUACAACACAAGCUUUCUUUCUUGGCAACUUGAACAAGAGGGCUAAAGUAAUAGUUCUUCAAAUCAAGGGCCUAGCAAAUCAGGUUAGUAGAAUUCAACAACGAAAGUCAACGUACAGCUGCAAGAAAAUUUCAGCUUCACAAAAAAUUCAGAUAUGAAGAUCGUAAACAAAGUUUCCCGCACUCUGCAUUUGACAGGUCACUAGAAAACUAUGCGAGGAAGAGCUGCUGAAAGUCAAGGGAGUCAUCAGUUUCACAUUUGUCAUGAACAAGUCAAGAUGUGUGGUCAGGUGUAAGCUAGAGUUGUCACCAGAGGCACUUUGUGAUGCAAUCAACAAAACAAAAGUCCUGUCUGCCCAGCAAGUGGUAAAAAAUGAACAUGGAGAAGAGGUACAAAUUGCAUCCAUUUUUAUUGAUGGCAAAAAUAAAGCUUGGCCCUGACCUACAAAGCCCAAGUCUGACUAACACACCUCUUUGCAAUGAAUGUACAGAUGGCAGGGCUGUGCUCUAGCAGAGCCCGGUGGGCCCUGGCACCUAAUGUUUGCCCUCAAGCAACUAGAAAAUCUCAGAUUUUUCAUACAAAUCAUAUGUUGAGCACCCUAGAUUUUACAGUUUCAGAGAACUGGACCCCCUUCAAUUUUCCUUAGAGCACAGCCUUGGUCUAUCAGUGUGGGUUCUCAUUAAAUAACCAACUACUUUUAAUUUGAACUGCCACCUACUUUUUGCCACACCCUAGGUUUUGCAUCCUAGCUCUUUACUUCAAAACUUAAUGAGAACCCUGUCUAGCUAUUUAGUUUGAAUCUUUCCAAGCACCACUAAGAUUAAGAUAGCACCUAAUAUCUAUAAAUGCUUUUGUUAUAAUAUGGCUAGCUCUUGGAACAGUUAAGGCUCUGCUCCGUAAUGAAAAGGCCAUGUAAUAAAUAACUUUUUAACCUUGUUAAUUCAGUCAUUACAGGGAAAUCUCAGCCAUCAAGGCCGAGGUUUGAGAUUUCCCUGUAAUGACCUCAUGCUCAGUUAAUAAAGAGUAGGAUGUAAUAUGUACCCCUUGUUGUUCUCAUUACAUUAGGUAAUGCUGUCAUUUGGAUCUGCUCCUGUCAGUAACUGUGCCAGAGGUAACAGCAGCAAAUUACCAGAUUAUCUGCCUGAAGAAGAUGAUGAUGUUCCAGUUAUAUCUGAUAAGGUGAGGCAGUUCUUUUCAAAUGCACCAAUCACUACUGAACAGAAACUGUAGCAACAAGGUCCCACCCAGUCAAUCAGCCUCAUUGUCCCAUUCAUUAAGACCAACAGUAAGUAUUGAAAACAUCACCAUCGGUAACAAAAUGGCUCCUUUCAAGAAUAUUAUUAGUUCAUAUGUACCAUGCAGUGAACAUUAUUUUGCGGCUCAGCAACCAAACUCAGGGCCAGUUGUUUAUAUGAGAUGAUCCAGCUCUGUGGCCAGUCAUUUGGGCUGGCUCAGCUUACUUCUUCAUAGAAUUUUUGUUAUGUUGAGUAGAUGCCCAGCCGGCCGGCUUACCAAGGAAUUGGUUACUUUAUUACUUGAACUGAAAUCUCGGCAAGAGGGCAGCCCAGCGCACCUUCCCACAUAAAUAGAAUGAAGGAAACAUGGCAUGCUCAGUCAACCUAAUAACACCACAUAUAAACAGACACUCAAAAAGGUUUUUAUGAACUAAGAAAUAACACACCCUAUUUGUCUCCUUUUCAGACAUGGCAUUGAAAAAACUAUGUAGAGAUCAUCAACUCUGUAAUGAACAGGCAAAGGGAGGGUUCUUCAUUUAUAAAGUUAACACACUUAUUAUUGUGGGAAUUUAUUUGCUGCAUUGCACAGUGUUAGCGGCUUUUGCACCGCCUAAUUCCUGUCACUUCCAAAAUUCUUUGCAGGCAUUAACCAAGGUUGGAGGAGAAGAUAAAGAAAAUGGCUGGUUUUCCAGUGUAACUAGCUUCUUUAGCAAGACACUGUACUGGUGAAAAUGAGAGGACUGUGAAGCACCAUUUGUACAGAUUCGUUUAAGAUUUCAGCGGGAGUGUUGAUCAGUAAUAUGGUGCACUCAUUUACGACUUGCUGAAAAAUUUUAUUGAUGUAAUUUUAAUACCUAAUGUUAGAAACCCCCCUCCCAGAAACAACCUUUGUUAUGUAAAUAUUAACUAGUUAAGUAGUUACUUUCUACAGGUUGUAAUAAAUAUUCUUUUUCACAAAUUGGAGAAAAAUAUUAAUUAAAUUUUAGAAUGGCACUAUUAUUGUAAUCUGUUUCAUUUGCUAUUAUAAACCAAAAGCCUCUAUAUGUCUCUGUUUU